ACAUAGGCCCUACACGUGAACCAAAUAGCUACCCAGGGAAUAUUUGACUUUGACUUGCUUCAUUCUUGUUUUUGUGUGUGUCUCACAGUAAACGAAAGACCUGAAUGAUGCAGAAUUCCAAGGCUACAUAAUUCAACCUUGGCUAUUCUUCAAAGAGUGUGGGGGCAAUUCCAAUUAUCAGAGAAAGAAACAUCACAAGGAAAGCAAAAGCCAAAUGUUUUCCACAGAAGUCCUCCUUUUUGCUGUCUUCAUUUCGACUGCUCUGGCUGGACCAUGGGCUAGUAUCUGUGCUGGCAAGUCUUCCAAUGAGAUCAGGACAUGUGACAGGCAUGGCUGUGGCCGGUAUACUGCUCAAAGAAAUCAUAGGCCUCACCAGGGUGUGGACGUCUUGUGCUCUGAUGGAUCGACUGUGUAUGCGCCUUUCACUGGAACGAUUGUAGGCCAGGAGAAACCUUAUAAGAACAAAAAUGCCAUUAAUAAUGGAGUUCGGAUAUCUGGAAGAGGUUUUUGUAUAAAAAUGUUCCAUAUUAAGCCAAUUAAAUAUAAAGGUUCCAUCAAGAAGGGAGAAAAACUGGGAACUGUAUUGCCCUUGCAGAAAGUUCAUCCUGGCAUACAAUCCCAUAUACAUAUUGAAAACUGUGACUUGAGUGAUCCUACUGCAUAUCUCUAAGUAGAAGACAGAUGACUUGAUCUUCUAAAUAGAAAACCAUCUUCUUAAAAACAUGGAUGCAUAUCCUACUUUUCAAGAAAUUUGUGUCCAAAUAAAAACAUGAUGAGUGCAAAAUAGAAAAUAGUGUUUUAUUUCAA